AUGACAAUGGAAGACAGAAGCAGCCGCACCGGCGGUAGAGAAAGGCUGGGACUGAGCUUCACUAUUGACUACCUUCUGUUCAAUAAAGGAGUCAAAGGUUCUAAAGAAGAAGCGACAGGAAGUCGUACAGCAGAGCAGACGGCGAACAACAUGCUAAAUCAUCAGAAUCUUAAACCCGAAGAGGUGGGGAUUCGCUCUGAGAGACAGGAGAAGUGGCUACAGAGGUCAGAGGCAGAGACCAAAGAAAAGAAAGUCAAAGAAGAGGAGGGGGAUGAAGAGCAACAAGAGGAGGGGGAGGAGGAAGUGACCACCACCACAUCUACCAACGGCAGUCCAGAGAAGUCUGCGGACAAACCCAACCAGUCGUACAUAGCGCUCAUCUCCAAGGCAAUCCUGGCGUCAGAGCAGAAGAAACUGCUGCUAUGUGACAUCUACCAGUGGAUCAUGGACCACUACCCUUACUUCAAGAGUAAGGAUAAAAACUGGAGGAACAGCGUGCGUCACAACUUGUCUCUGAAUGAUUGCUUCAUCAAAGCAGGCCGCAGUGACAACGGCAAAGGUCACUUCUGGGCAAUUCACCCAACAAACUACCAGGACUUUUCUAACGGGGACUACCACUGUCGAAGGCCGCGGCGGAGGGUACGCAGGGUGGCAGGACAGCUUCCCCUUUCCUCCCUUAGCUCCACCUACCACCCUGCCCUCGCCCGGCCCCACAGAACGACCUACUGGUGCUGCCCUCAAGCCCAAACACUGCCUCUGUCCUGCUUGGCACCCAGACUCUACUGGCCAUGGUCCAGCGUGCAGCCACAAGUGGGGUUCCACCCGGGCCUGCAUGCCUCCGUACCCUGA